CAGCGAGACUGACUGGCGCCUGUUCUAACACUUAUCAGCUUCUCUUGCAGUGGUUUGUUUGUAAAGCUAUUUUUCCGUUUCUUAAAAAAAAGUCCCCCAGGAUUAGCCAGUUCCUGGCUAACAACGGAAAUCCCCAAAUCUGCCAAGUGAAUGAAUGAAAAACCUAACCCAGUCACUUCUCCUAGGAGCUUCACAGACAGCAGAGCUCCAAGUCAGAUACAGGCGGAAAGAUUGGAGGCUUCUACUGUAGGGCUCGGCUCUCCUCCUGACACCUCAGAGUCACUGGACGUGCCCGCAUAUACUGUAGGGUGGUUGCAUCCGGAAGAGGGGGAGGAAGGCCCCAGUGCUGUAGCUCGGCUAGGCUUGGGUUGGAAAACAAGGCUGGAGUUACUUAUUAGCAGACCCCAGAUCCCCACCUGGGCACGUGGUACUUCAUCGCAGGAGCAGCCCCCACCAAGGAAGAGUUAGCGACUUUUGACUCGGUGGACAAUAUUGUCUUCAACAUGGCGACCGGCUCUGCCCCAAGGCAGCUCCAGCUUCGUGCUGCUAUCCGCACGAAGAACGGGAUCUGCGUGCCCCGGAAAUGGAUAUACCACCUGACUGAAGGGAAAGGAAACACAGACCUCAGGACUGAAGGCCGCCCUGACAUGAAAACAGACCUCUUCUCCAGCUCGUGCCCAGGCGGAAUCAUGCUGAAAGAGACAGGCGAGGGAUACCAACGCUUUCUCCUCUACAACCGAUCACCACACCCUCCAGAGAAGUGUGUGGAGGAAUUCCAGUCUCUGACCUCCUGCUUGGACUUCAAAGUCUUCUUGGUGACUCCCAGGAAUCAAGAGGCCUGCCAGCUGUCCAGCAAGUGACCCGUCACUUCCAUCUGUGCUAGAGAGAGGGUGGGACUGAGCUUCGAGGGGAGACUUGGGAGACUCUCCACGCCCUCUCAAAGAUAAUAAACAUGGUUCUCAAUCCUCA